AUGAUGGACAAUCAGGCUGUGAAGUCAUUGCUGGAAAUGGGCAUCCCGCACGAGGUGGCUAUGGACGCUCUGCACAGGACCGGUGGCAACUUAGAGGCUGCGGUGAACUUUAUCUUUUCGAAUGAGCUACCGGAACAGGCGGAUACGGGUGGUGAAGGUGGUGCAGGCCAACCCAGGAUUUCUGAGAACAGAAUGAUGGCGGGCAGCAACUCGUAUGAUGUUCCGAACAGCGGCGACCAGGAGGACAUUGAUAUGGCGGAUGUGGCUGGUGGCGAAGCUGAUUACGAUGAUGAAGACGACGAAGACAUAACAGAGAAUCAUAGUGGCUCUAGUAGCUCCAAUGAGCGCGGCCCCGCGGCUCGGGACUACGAUCACUACUCAAUAUCGGAGACAUCCAUUGCCCCGCCCUCUUAUAAUAUAGUGCAGCAGAACGAGUUCAAGUGUGCUGUGGACGACCCCACUGUCGUGUUACCGCUGCCCUUAAAUUCGCUGAUAGAGAGUUAUUUCGGCCUGUUUGCACUGCUUGUGUCCGUGUACUUUCCCCACGUGUUCUUGAAACCGGACUUCCAGGAUCUAAACUACAGCCCGGACUGGUUCAAAGGCUCGUCCUUCACGGGGCCCAAGUACAGACUCGCUUACCGCGAGGCAGAUGAUGGGUCUGCCACUUCGGAAAUUGUGCUGGCCAGCGGCUCCAGUGAUGACUUACAACCGCGGCUGCUGUGGCAGUUGCAAAAACUCAUCUCUGUGAUUAACACACGGAUGUGCGAAAGGGCGUUUGUUUCGGCCAGGCUUUUCACGCUGUCUUUGGAGCCACAAUUGAAGUCCAAGCUGGCCGAUUCGGAGCAUCUUUACGAAGUGCUCCCCACGUUCAUCAAGUCCUUGGCUGUGGAUUUGGAAAUGUGCCCCGGGAUCAGGGACCGGGAAACAAGAAACCUUUUCAUAUCUUCUGCCUUACACACGCCGAAUAAGAAUGAGCCGCCAAUGGAGACUUUCUUGUCUCUGUUCCACUUUCUUCCCGAGGAAUACGACUCCAACCUGUACAAGAUGUUCAAUGUUUUGCUGUACCCUGAAGAAGAGAAUGAUGAAGAGGAUGCAACUCGCAAUGGCGGCGGUGGACAGGAGGAUGAGGAGUUUGCGGAACCCGAGAACACUUUGAAGGAAGUGGCACCCGUGUUGACAAUAUUGUUCAAUGAACUGGAGACAAAUACUGAGUCAAUGACUCUUCCUAAUGGUGUGGACAUACCCCUGGAGUUCUAUCCACAACUCUACACUAAGCGGUGCAAAGACCAAUUGAUAAGACACGUCAUUUCCAAACGAAAGCAGGCUCGCAUUAGAUCCAGAACCUUGCUUCAAGAGAUCAACAAUUUGAAAAGUUAUCAAGGUAAAAACAUAUCCACCGUAUUGGAGUCCACGCUAGCGUAUUUGCAAGCGAGCCCAAACGAUGCCAAUAAUAAGGCUGCAAGACAAAUCGCGUCGUUGAAAGACACGUUAAAUUCUACGAGGUCUGCCAAAAUGGAGGAAUACAAGGACUUGGCUUCUAAGGUGCAUGGAGAAUGGGAUCUUUCGCAUCCGGAGACCCAUAUAAUCAAGACUGCAAAGCAACUAAGACUGAUCGAAAAUCCAUACAUCCUCACAUUGGCAGCACUAUCACCAUAUUCGUACUUCCUCAGGAACAGGAAUGGUGUAUGGUCUUGGGUACAGAGCAAUGCGUUGGGCACAGAAUUCAAAAUAAAAAAUUGUCCGUCACCUUCCGUCGUUCAAGAAGCCAUCAAGCAUGGAACGAAAUACGCAAGUGAAACACCGCUGAUGUUUAUAUACUGCGAGGAGGGUAAAAUCCCCACUGAAGAAGAAGUCUCGAAAGCCUUGCAAAACAAUACCGGCUGUUCAAAAUUUGCCAAAGAUGAUGAAAAUUCGUUGAGAACCUUGCGUUCGCAUUUCAACGAUGACAAUGACAAUACUGACCAAGGCACCGGCAACAUUAAUAAUAAUAACGAUAAUGACAACGACAACGACAACGAUUUCGACUCUGAUAUUUAA